AUGUACUUUCACCCUUUUUUAGAUCAUCGGGUAGUCGAUUCGCACCCUGCAAAACCACAUCGUGGAUACCAAGCAACCCUUUCCAAAGUAAAAGCCGCCCAGAACUGGAAACGCAUUGGUCCUUUUCGCCACCAAAUUGACUUUAAGCAUAACCAUCGCCCAGACAAUAUACCCUCAAAACCCCAGAUAGUCCCACGUUAUAUCUACGACAAAGCCGCCUUUAAGCUAAAAGCACGAGGCCUGAAAAACAUCAUCACAAACUUUUCUUCUGAUCCACAUGUAACCGUACCAGCUGCACCAAUUGUACCGGUCGUACCAGCUGUGCCUAUUUUACCUGAUGUGCUUUCUGUAACUAUGGUACCUUCUGUAGCUACUGUACCUAUUACCUUACGAAAGCAGUGCCUUCGAUACCCAGAUACCCCGCAACUCUCUUCUAAUAACUCAUCUACAUCUCUCGUAACCUGUUCAGAAGCUACGAUAUCUGUAGAGACACGAGACGUGUAUGUCCAGACAUUGUCUCAAUCUGACGUCCAAAGCAUUGUAUCUAUUCAGACUGGCCUUGCUUCUUCUUUUGUGUCCAUGUCGAUCCAUGAGUCAGAUGAAGAAUCUUCUUUUGAAUCUUCGUCUAUUUUGUACACCGACAGCGACACCAACAGCAACAACAGCACACCUUUCCAAUCAACCGCAUCUUUUCAAAAACAGACUUUACCUACCUUGGAAAAGACCCGGACAGCAUGGACUAAACCUAGUCAAUAUCAGGGCUACUUAAAGCCAAAGCAAUCGAUUAAGCGAAUCGGAAAAAUGGCCUGGAAAGUCGUUUCGCAGGCCACUCGGCAGCUCUUUGAGAGAUCAUUUGAACCCUCGCGCCGGUUGUCAUUUUCGCCUGGAUCUACCUAUGAUGAUCUUGAUGAAUAUGACGAUGAAUAUGAAGCUGGCAGUUAUGACGCUGAUCCAGAACAAAGUUUGGACGUUACUUCGGUUGAACUACAAAGAUGGUAUCUAGAUAAAGCUAUAAGAGAAGAAGGUCGAAUAGAAAGACGGUUUUCACCUUUGGAUUAUUCUCCAGUCACAAAGCCGGUCUGGAACGGAACUCUUCAUUGUAAAGUGCUCCAAGUAACAAAUCUUGGAUCUGCUAAAGGCCUUAAAUACGAACUUCAAAUACGCUGUCAUGGUAUUUCAAAGGUUACAAGGCCAGGGAUCAUGAAAAAAGUAGCAAAAGGCAUAAGUGCAGCAAGUCCACUUGAAUUAUUUUCAUUGCAAGUACCCAAAAGCUAUAUAACUCGUCCCAGAAAUUCGGCCACUCGCUUAAUAAGCUAUGGUGUAUCAAAAGCAAAGAAACUGCUGUAUCGUAGGAUCCGUUUGCUUCGGGAAGACUCUGAUGAUUCUCUGGGUGAUGAGGCGUGUGAAACUACUCAGUGGAUUGGGUACAAACGUAUUGAUUUGAAUGAGAAUAUGGAUAGAGAAGUCUCUAGUAGACACCUUUAUUCCUUGGCUAGUCCUUUUGAAGCAGCUCAAGUGUGGCAACCUGAAAUUGCUGUUGUGUACCGAUUUCAGCCAACCCAACCGAUAUCUGAGUUUAGCUAUCCAAAUGGGCCAGGUACAGGAACUGAUGAAUACUUGAAUAUAACGAAUGCCUUGAAUCAUUGUAAUCGUGGCGACUAUCUUACUAUAUAUCAACAAGGUCCUGGAUGUCCUUUGUGGAUUAGAUAUUGGGCUAGGCUUGAUAAAUAUAACAUUGUACUUUAUAGACUCUCUAAUGAGCAUAAAAACCCGGCUAGUCUUAUUUCACUCAAAGAUCUAUGCUUUGUCUCAACACCUCUGGAAGACGAAGAGCAGAUUUUCCUUGGCAGACCUCUUGGGCUUGUUCUAGACUUUGACAACGAUCACACAGGGAGUUAUAUAUCUGCAGACCUUGAAGAGGGCAAUAGGAUAGGAAGACAAGAAUACAUUUUGAUGGAUAGCUUGACAAAUGCGGAUUAUUGGUACCGGGCAUUAUUGUAUUGUGCAAAUUCGUUUCAAAAACAAAGGAGAGCUGUCUAG